ACUUAGAAAUAGUUUGAAAGUCAAGCUCUCACACCAGACAUCCUUCAGUUUACUUAUAUAUAAAUAAACAAAAGAUGCGUUGCAUAACAGUUCACAGAACUAAAAUGCCUCAGGACCUGGUAUAAAAAGGUGCAUGAUGUUUCUGUUUGGAGCUUCUAAAAAUGCAUGAAGAAGUUGAAAUGGUGUUGACAUAAUUGAAUAGUUUAUCAAUAUUUAGGACAACAGAUUGCUCCCUACAUGCACGCCUACUGCAUUAAAAAUCAUUGCAACUAAAUUUUAAAAAAGACCCAUUUUGAAAAAAAUGUGUUUCCAAGUAAAAGAAAAAGUAUACACCAGUUCAGAAGGAUUACAUGAACAAUAGUUAAUUUAAUAGUUUUUAAUGUCGUUUAAUUACAUGUAAAAUUGACGUUAAAUGAACGGGGCGUCGUAUAAUAGGCUGUAUGAAUGGAUCGUGGACUAUUGCCAUGGUCACUGCUCUGUUUUUCAAGCGUUACCCACCGCCGUGUCCUUACCGCGCCAGGAAUUACGUCCGCGGUCUGAUUGGCUGCUUCUCUCUCACCAUACAUCGCACAACUCACGCCAUUGGUCCGCAGACACGGCUCCGGCGCGUGGUUGUGACUCCUGAUCUCUGAUUGGCUGACGAUGCGCAGGACUUGGAAGCGCCGCAUGUUGACUCUGGGCUGUGAUUGGCCCGCGGGCCAGGUGCCGGAGAGCGGGGGGCGGACUCUGCGCUGUCAUCGUCAUACAUAAAUAGACUUCUGCCGGUCAGAAGAUUGGUGGACGCAAAUUACAACAUAACGUCAGUGACUCUUCAUCUCUCUGGAGUUAGCUUCACCACUCAGGAUGCCCGGAUCAGCACCACUCAGUUGUUUGGGUCCAUGGCCCAAAGACGUGGGCAUCAUCGCUCUGGAGCUGUACUUCCCGUCCCAGUUCGUGGACCAGACGGAGCUGGAGCAGCUGGACGGCGUGUCGGCCGGCAAGUACACCGUGGGCCUGGGCCAGGCCCGCAUGGGCUUCUGCUCGGACCGCGAGGACAUCAACUCCCUGUGCCUGACGGUGGUCCAGAGGCUGAUGGAGAGGAACGACCUGUCCUACGUCAGCGUGGGGCGCCUGGAGGUCGGCACGGAGACCAUCAUCGACAAGUCCAAGUCCGUGAAGACGGUCCUCAUGCAGCUGUUUGAGGACUCUGGCAACACAGAUGUGGAGGGCGUGGACACCACGAACGCCUGCUACGGGGGGACGGCCGCUCUCUUCAAUGCUGUCAACUGGGUGGAGUCCAGCUCCUGGGAUGGCCGCUAUGCGUUGGUAGUAGCGGGCGACAUCGCCGUCUACGCCACAGGAAGCGCCCGGCCGACGGGCGGCGCCGGUGCGGUGGCCAUGCUGGUCGGGCCCAAUGCUCCUCUGGCCUUCGAGCGAGGUCUCCGAGGAACCCACAUGCAGCACGCGUACGACUUCUACAAGCCCGACCUGAUGUCCGAGUAUCCCGUGGUGGACGGGAAGCUCUCCAUCGAGUGCUACCUGAGCGCCUUGGACCGCUGCUACUCCGUGUACCGCAACAAGAUCCACGCGCAGUGGCAACGAGAGGGUUCAGAGAAGCGCUUCAGCCUGGAUGACUUCGGCCACCUCCUCUUUCACUCUCCGUACUGCAAGCUGGUUCAGAAGUCUCUGGCCCGACUGAUGAUGAACGACUUCCUGAACCACCCGAGCCCCAACACGGAGACCGGGCCCUUCACGGGCCUCGAUGCCUUCAGGGACGUGCGGCUGGAGGAGACGUACUUUGACCGCGACGUGGAGAAGGCCUUUAUGAAGGCCAGCGCCUCGCUGUUUGAGGAGAAGACGAAGCCGUCGCUGCUCAUCUCCAGCCAGAACGGGAACAUGUACACGCCCUCCGUGUACGGCUGCCUGGCCUCGCUGUUCGCUGAGCACUCGGCCUCUCAGCUGGCCGGCCAGCGGAUCGGACUCUUCUCUUACGGCUCAGGAUUCGCCGCCACGCUGUAUUCUCUCCGGGUCACACAGGACCACACGCCCGGGUCCGCUCUGGAGAAGCUGGUGUCCAGCCUCAGCGACCUGAAGGUCCGGCUGGCCUCCAGGCAGAAGGUGUCGCCGGCCGUGUUCUCCGACACCAUGAAGCUGAGAGAAGAGACUCACCACCUUGCCAGCUACGUGCCUCAGGGCCGGGUGGAGGAUCUGUUCCCGGGGACCUGGUACCUCACGCGGAUAGACGACAAGCACCGCCGCGAGUACGCCCGCACGCCUCUGGACCACGACCUGCAGUCGGAGCCGGAGCUGGUCCGCCUCGCCACCGAGCUCGUCCCCAGUCCAGCCAAGAAGAUGCCUCGCAUCCCCGCCGCCGGCCCCGACGCCGCCGUCAGCACCUGAGGCCGCGGCGUCCCUCUGAGAGGAAUCGAGAGACUCUCACUCGCCGGCUCUCGAGGUCCGGAGGCCGAAGACACCAGACACACUAAACAAGGGGGAGCCCCGCCCCCUGUUGUCCGCAUGUGGUACUGUCGGACAGGACAAUAUCUUACAUUUGACCACGGAGUCUAUUUUGAUCACGAUAAUCAAUUGUGUUGUUUUUUAUCAAUCCUUCAUUUCAAUGUUCAACAUUUGUACAUAUUUUCUUUUCUUUUUUUUUGCGUUCAUGCAAAAAAAAAAAGUAAAGAAAAAAAGGAGCUGUUUAUAUUCGGGUGGAAGACGUUGGCGUGACUUUAUAUUGUGGAGUUGAAGGAGCGUUCCCCCUGGCAGCUGGCAGCCAGCGGCAGGACGAGGACGCGAGGCGUCGCCAACGCGGCGUCCUGAUCGUGAAAAGAUCAAAAGGGAAGCUGGUGCCUCCACCGACGGCGCUCCGGGAGCAAUACCUCAAGUUUUCUAUGAAAAGAUAUGUGGUUCGCUUUCUGCAGCUCUCUGCAGGUCCGUCAUGUGACCGUCGGGAACAGGCUCCGCCCACACAGCCUCGCAGGGCGGAGCCUCUCAUGUAGGAAGCACACGCACAGAAGAUGCUAACUUCUGAUGCACGGCAGCACGUGUAGCUCUUAAUAAUUCAAUUAAUAAACGGUUAAUUGAUCCGUGAACACGGGGUAGUUCAGGAAGGAAACUUCCUGUGGUUCCUCACUGUAUUCCUUUAAUGUUUUAAAGAUUAGGCGAUGUCUUCGAGUCUCUACACAUCCACACUUACUGAGUAUGAACAAACAGGAAGCAGCCAGGUGGAUGACAUCAUCAGUGGGUUGAGAGAACAGAGAGAUCAUGACUUCAUGACAUCCAAGUGAACUCUGCAAAAUGUCUUUUUUAGCUGCACCACAUUCCUAGAUAUAAAAAAAAAAAAAUGCAACCACCCUAAAGUCCUCCAAUAAGAAGAGAGAUACAUUAGCAAUAUUUUUAAACUUACUUUUUAUUUUUUUAGGGAUAAUUCUGUGUUUUCGUCUUCAUGCACAAGAGAAAUAAUAUUUUUUUGCCAGGGGAAUUUUAGUUUUUUAAUAUUUGGAAGUUGAACCUCCAGCUGUAAUAAUGAUGAAUAAAUGAAAGUAGUAGCACAAAUACAGACUCAUACGGCCAAAUGUCCCCAUCAAAUCCAUGAAAACCACGCAGCAUGAACUCCUCGCACCCAGAGCUCUGGCCUCCACGCGGUGCUCCACCUGCUCCACCCCCCACCACGCUCUCCUCCCGCGGGCGGCUGUAUGACCAGAACGCUGCGAUGUUUGAUGCAGUGCAUCACAAUCUAUGUUUUUGCUAAUCGUCGACGUUCCAGACUGAAAUAAAAUCCCUUCGUACCCAGAAAA